AUGACAUUCUCCCUAAAUAAUACCCCGGGCCUCAAACCCAAGGCCUGUCCCAUAUGCUCCUCGGAGACGGGUCUCAUCCGUUGCGUGAGCUGCGAAGUGCUUGACUACUGUGGAAGCCGCCACGAACUCUCGCACAAGCAGCAUCACUACCCAACCUGCAUCUUGAUCAAGUACACACGCAUCGCCUUGGACAAUGAGGAGCGCAAGAUUCGCACCCAGUUCGAAGACGACGACGUAAACCCUUUGGACACCUCGGCGGAGUACUUUCCGUCCCUUCGUAACGCCCACCCGUACUUGGCCACUCGCCUUAGACUGGUAAAUCUUCUCCUGGAUCACUUCGGGGCUGCUGGGGGCUACGACCAUGUCGUUCGGGUUGCUCUCGAUCACACUUUGGCCAUGAUUCGGCUUGAUCCCAGCGACAAGCUAUACAUCUCAAACAUAAUUCCAGCUCUGUACAUACGUCUGGGGAUGGACCAGGAGGCCUAUAACUUCCUGGACUGGUGGUUUGCUACCUCCAAUGGUCCCUUUUCGCAAUGGACCAGCAUGGACUUGCCCUUCCUCGAUCCAGACUAUCGGAGGAAAGACAUCUUGGCGCCUCUUGAGGACAGUUGGGACGCCGUGGGUUCCUUCAGCCUGAACCAAUGGGUGGCGGUCCUGCUCAUCAAGAUGAAAGUUCUCCUGGAUCUGCGAGCCAUGCAAAACGCACGCAGGGCUCUCCACGGUGUCAUACCCACGGAACUCAUCGACAUUAUCCGGAUGAAGCUUUCCAUCAGCUCCGCCGCAUCGCUGAACAGAGUGGCUCAGGCUGACUUCGAAGAGACUGCAAACAUGAUCGCAACAAUCAAAAAAGAAGUUUGGGAGCUUUACCACGCCAUAACGGAUUACAACCCCCAUAUCUGGUCGAUGAUGAGCGAGGUCAAGAUCAUGUCAAUGACAAACCGGCAUUUCGACAAUAUCCGGGCGACGUUUCAGCCUGGUUCACAUCUUGAGAGUUGUGUUGCGCUUCGGUACAAUUUCCCAGCAUGGGCAGAGACACCCGGGGCGGUGCAGGCGAUCGAAUAUCUAAACAUGGCUCAGUCCACGUCUUGA